GGGGCUUACUCGCUCAGUAACGGGUUACCUUUUGCAAAACUUGAAGCUGUUGCACCAAAUGGCUAAGCCUGGGGCCUGCUCCACAGCGCCAUUGCAGGAACCCGCUGGCUCCCCACGGCAAAGCCAUUGGGAGAGGGCCAGGAUAGGCUGGAAGCCUCAUUGUGCCGUCUCAGCUCUGCGAGAGAAGGGUUGCCAGGAGUUCCAGUAGGUCACGACCUCUUCCAGGAUUCCCAUGCCCAGACUUAGCUUGAGGAGCAGGCCUAGUCACCUGGGACCCUGCAUAUUUCUGGGUUGGACAACAAUGGGUCCUAUAUUGAAGAAGAGACCUAGAGAAGUCAGCUGUCAGUCCCCAGUAAAGUUCUUGGCAAAAUGCUGCAACUUGAAAGGUGGAGGACACAGACAGAAGAGAAGAGGUGUGAGGCCAGCUGGCCUGAAGACCCCAGUCCUCAGCAAGCCUCCUCCCCAAACAUCUGAUGCUUCACCGAGUAAUGCUGAUUCCCCUGGCCACCUUUCCCCUGCACACAGUCAGGGUCUGCCAGAAACCCCGGCCAAAUACACUGGGAGGCAAAAGAGAGGAGCCAAGCUACUGCAGCCCCCAAAAGCUGAGGAGAAAAGUAAACGUGAGGUGACAUUCAGCUUGACAUCCGUAGACCUUGGGGCAUUCCAGUCUUUCACCUCCAUAGAUGAUGACUUCUAUGGAACCACCAGCCAGGGGCCUGUCUUCAAUCCUGAGCUGGUCACUGCUCACUGCUUCAGGCAGUUCAAAAAGAAAGACUUCCACCUGCCACAAAGGCGCAGACGAAUCAUCAUUGUGCCUGGGACAAAGGACCAGGCACCAGCCCACCCCACGGUGCCUCCUCAAGCUCCCCCUCCACUCAUACCUACCUUCAAAACUUUGGAUAUUAAAGACAUCCAACAGCCACCAGUGGACAGGAAGGUCUGGCUGAGCCAGAGGGCAAAGCUCCGGAGGCAGCUGGAGUCAUUUGGUGAUGUCAAGACAUGGCUGGAGAAUAAGCCCACCAUCACACCAUCAGAGGCCAAGGUUCUGCUCUUGAUUCGCCAGGAGCCAAAAGCCCCCAAAGAAACUUUGGUUUCAAUCAAGAAACCCAAGGGCAAAGCUCCCAGACCUAUCCGUCAACCUGCACCCCAGCUGCGCCUGCCCAAACCUUCUGUCCUGGCGGACUUGUACGCCUACCUGCGUAGCCGAAAGAUCAAGAUCCUGGAGGUAUUUAACAAGGGAGAGCGGGGCGAGAACCAGCGCAUCUCCAGGGAGGAAUUUAUCAUGGCUCUGAAGGCAAUCGGAGUUCCUCUGAAGAACCAGGAGCUGGAGGACAUAGUCAUCUACCUCGGCUCUCUCGGGAAACAGAACGCUAUCACCACAGAUGCUCUGGCCAGCACCUACAAGCAGUGGUCACUGGCCCAACAGAGAAGCACCUUGCCCACUGCCAGGGAGUAUUUGACUCAGAGGAAAGCCUCCCUGAAGCAUACCUCCCAAAAGCAACAGGCUGUCCCAGCCCUGCAGCCUCCCAAGAUGGACCUGCUGAAGGUGCCUGAGGUUGAUAUAAAGAUGGAGGGGCGGCCCAUGACAGAGGAAGACAUGGAGGAUGUGGGCAAGCGGUACCGAGAGAGGCGGAGGCAACACAAGCUCCUUCUCCCCUCCAUCCAAUACGUGGAGAGCUGCCGGCUGGUUCGGUCUGGGACGAAGCACUUUGAUGACCACUGCCUGCCGUCCACCUUGUCUGGGGAGAUGGAGGAGCUGCUCAACAUGAACCGCAGGGAUAGCUUCCUGGUCUACCUGAGAUGCUGGGAACUCUGCGAGGCCUACGGUCUCCGGCUCACUGAGGACAUCCUCAUGAGAGCACUACUGUAUCCAGGAGACAAGAUAAUUUCUCUGAGAGAAGAAGUCCGCCCGAUCCGGCAGCCUGGAGGCUAUUAUGUAGACGAGAGGAUUGGAUUCCGGACCCAUGGCCUCAGCAAGCUUGGGGCGAAGAAGACAGACAAGAAAACAUCCAAGAAACUCAAGAAAAUGCACUUUCAGGAGUUCGAGGAAUUCACUAGGAAGCUGAAGGCCAAGAGGCUCAGUGGUUCCUCAUGCACCCACCCCAAUCACUUCUGGCCCGGUCACCUUCUGGACAAGCUGCGGCUCUACCUGCCCACUGUGGCCAGGGACCGGAGCCAGGCAAUCUUCAGCCAUGUGGAAACCCCACACUAUGCUUACCCUGCCAUCUACUACUCUAAAGACUGGUGGCCCCUGAAAGACUGGGCUUAUUUGACCCAGGCCUGUUAUGAUGCAAACAAGGUGUACUCCAUCAACUAGAAUGGCCUGGGGGCCACUGGGCCGGAAGACAGUGCAGUCAGCGGCCCACAGCUGCAGACAUGAGAUAUCAAAGAGCCAUACACAAGAAACAUUCCCAGGGAUGGUCUGGAGCUGUGUCCCCUGAUGCCACAGUGUCCAGUGCCUGGGAGUGUGGAUGUGUCCAGGCACACACAUGCUGUGUUUGCUACCCUGUUACGACCUCUGCCCUUUUCAAAUAAACCAGGUUAGAGCUGA